ACUUAAGCACGACGGGAUAUGAUGCAACGUGGGAGUCAGGGAAGCUGCCGCAGCACGCUGCGGUGACUAGGCGGCAGCGUUUUGGGAGACGAUGUCCUUGGAGGUGACAGAGGCGACCGCGGGGAUGGUGCUAGCAGAGCUCUACGUCUCAGACCGAGAGGGAAAUGAUGCUACAGGUGAUGGAACCAAGGAGAAACCGUUUAAAACAGGUCUAAAGGCUUUGAUGACAGUGGGAAAAGAACCAUUUCCUACCAUUUACGUAGAUUCACAAAAAGAAAAUGAGCGAUGGGAUCUUAUUUCUAAAUCACAGAUGAAGAACAUUAAGAAAAUGUGGCACAGGGAACAAAUGAAGAAUGAAUCCCGGGAAAAGAAAGAAGCAGAAGACAAUUUGAGAAGAGAAAAGAACCUGGAAGAAGCAAAGAAGAUUACCAUUAAAAACGAUUCAAGUCUUCCAGAGCCAAAGUGUGUGAAGAUUCACGCAUUAGAAGGAUAUAGAGGUCAAAGAGUAAAGGUGUUUGGCUGGGUCCACAGACUGCGUAGACAAGGAAAGAAUUUAAUGUUUCUGGUGUUGCGGGAUGGUACAGGGUAUCUUCAGUGUGUCUUGUCAGAUGAUUUGUGUCAGUGUUACAACGGAGUAGUCUUGUCCACUGAGAGUAGUGUUGCCGUGUAUGGAAUGCUGAAUCUCACCCCAAAGGGCAAGCAGGCUCCCGGGGGCCAUGAGCUGAGCUGUGACUUCUGGGAACUGAUCGGGUUGGCCCCCGCCGGAGGAGCUGACAACCUGAUCAACGAGGAGUCUGACGUUGAUGUCCAGCUCAACAACAGACACAUGAUGAUCCGAGGAGAAAACAUGUCCAAAAUCCUGAAAGCACGUUCCAUGGUCACCAGGUGCUUUAGAGACCACUUCUUUGAUAGGGGGUACUGCGAGGUGACUCCUCCUACAUUAGUGCAAACACAAGUAGAAGGCGGUGCCACACUCUUCAAGCUUGACUAUUUUGGGGAAGAGGCAUUUUUGACUCAGUCCUCUCAGUUGUACCUGGAGACCUGCAUCCCAGCCCUGGGAGAUGUGUUUUGUAUUGCGCAGUCAUACAGGGCAGAACAGUCCAGAACACGAAGGCACCUGGCUGAGUACACCCACGUGGAGGCUGAGUGCCCUUUCCUGACCUUUGAGGACCUCCUGAACCGAUUGGAGGACCUGGUUUGUGACGUGGUAGACAGAGUCUUGAAAUCGCCCGUGGCGAGCAUAGUGUAUGAGCUCAACCCGAACUUCAAGCCCCCCAAACGGCCUUUCAAACGGAUGAACUAUUCAGAUGCUAUUGUGUGGCUAAAAGAACACAAUAUAAAGAAAGAAGAUGGGACUUUCUAUGAAUUUGGAGAGGACAUCCCAGAAGCUCCUGAGAGACUGAUGACGGACACCAUUAAUGAGCCCAUCCUGCUGUGUCGAUUUCCUGUGGAGAUCAAGUCCUUCUACAUGCAGCGAUGUCCCGAGGAUUCCCGCCUCACCGAAUCUGUCGAUGUGUUGAUGCCCAAUGUCGGUGAGAUUGUUGGAGGCUCAAUGCGUAUCUGGGACAGUGAAGAAAUGCUAGCAGGUUAUAAAAGAGAAGGAAUUGAUCCCACUCCCUAUUACUGGUACACUGAUCAGAGAAAAUAUGGGACCUGUCCUCAUGGAGGAUAUGGCUUAGGCUUGGAACGCUUCUUAACCUGGAUUCUGAACAGGUACCACAUCCGAGAUGUGUGCUUAUAUCCCCGCUUCGUCCAGCGCUGCAGGCCAUAGCCGAUUCCUCCCAAAGCACUGCAGCGAAAACGCGGUGUGUGGUUCAGGAGAGCGGCAGGCGGCCUCUUCAUGAAGAACAAAAAGCAAGAUCUUCCCUUUUCAUCCCAUCGGGAUCUCUCUGCUUCUGUUUUCUCUUCCUGCUACCACUCAAAGCAAUCCAAACACUGGAAUAUAAAGUGACAUUGCAGUUGUCAUUUUAAGAAAAAAUAUCCAUUACAAAAAUUUGGGAGACACACAUGGCAUGUAACUCUGUUGUUAUGAAUAUAUUUCAGCAUUUUACCGAAUUACAAGUUUUAAUCUUUCACCAUAUAUACUAUAUAUAAUUAAACAGUUUUUAAUUAUGGUCUAAUGCAUUCCGGUUACUUAAACUUUCUGUCCUUUUAAAUUAACUGAAAAUCUUUAAUUUCUAUCAUUUUACUGUAUCCAUGAGUUAAACAUCUUGGGAAGAUUGACACAGUCGUGUAAAAAUUUGCUAGUAUUAGAACAGUAUAAUUCAACAAUAGAAACUGGAAUCAAGUGAACAGUCUCUUGCAUCAAUUAUUAACCUUUUCUAAAUCUGUACAGCUGCUUAUAAUUCUGAGGCAUAGAAAUUGAUAUGGAAGAAUUUGCAAUUUGAAGAGCAAAAAUUUUUUUUUUCAGUACUUCAGUGAAUAGCAUCUUUCCUAGCAUUAAUUUAAGCUAAAGGCAGACUGACCUUCCUUUCCUGGUAGUUCCUAAAUAAUUAAGAAUAAAUAUAUUCCAAAGAAUUUCUUAAUGACAACUCUUAAGUGACUGAGUCAUCCCUGCCAUACUCUCAAAUCUAAUCCAUACUUCCUUACUGAGCCUCAGCGGACUCACUGAAUGGCUUCAUUUCAAAUUUUGUUAAUUUCUCCCCCAAAAUGCGUGUCAUGUGUUCUCAGGCUGUAUUCCAGCAAUCAAUAAAUGGACACACAUGAAAACUCUUACUGGCUUAAUUU